AUGACUUUUUGUGUCAAAGCAGAAAAAACAAUUUUAUGUUCAAGGGGUUGUGGUUUUCAUGGAACUCCAAACAAUAACAACCUUUGUUCCCUAUGCUACAAAGCUUUUCUCAUAGAAGAAGAAGAAGCCAAGAAGAAUGUAACAGUAGCAACCUUAUCCGGUGGCAUGUCUUCUCUUACUUUAGAUGAUGAUUCUGGAAAAACUGAGGAUGUUGAUUCAACUAUAAUGAAGAUUAAGCAAAGAUGCAUGAUUUGCAAGAAGAAAGUGGGAUUAAUAGGGUUUAGUUGUCGAUGUGAAGGAGGAAUGUUUUGUAGGGUUCAUAGGUAUCCUGAAGAACAUGCAUGUACUUUCGAUUUCAGGUCAAUUGGUCGUGUGAAUUUGGCUAAGGAAAAUCGUCUAUGCAAAGUUGAUAAACUUGAGAAUAGGAUCUAG